CAAGAUGGCGAACAGCAAAGGCGAUUUGAUGGAUAUGGGGGGACAUGAUGUGGCGGCUGCAAGGGCCCACCACGCAGCGAUAUCAAGAGAUUACAUCACACAGCCAAGAAUAACAUACAGGACGGUGUCUGGUGUCAACGGUCCUUUGGUUAUCCUGGAUGAUGUCAAGUUUCCCAAAUUUGCUGAAAUUGUCAAUCUCAACUUGGCAGAUGGGACACAGAGGAGCGGACAGGUGCUUGAAGUCAGUGGAUCAAAGGCUGUUGUACAGGUGUUUGAAGGAACAUCAGGAAUUGAUGCCAAAUACACUACUUGUGAAUUCACUGGGGACAUCUUACGGAUGCCUGUCUCUGAGGACAUGUUGGGUCGCGUCUUUAAUGGUUCCGGUAAAGCCAUCGACAAAGGUCCACCAGUCUUGGCCGAAGAUUUUCUCGACAUCCAGGGCCAGCCCAUCAAUCCUUGGUCGCGAAUCUACCCGGAGGAGAUGAUUCAGACCGGUAUCUCUGCCAUUGACACCAUGAACAGCAUUGCUAGAGGACAGAAGAUCCCAAUUUUCUCCGCAGCCGGUUUGCCUCACAAUGAAAUUGCAGCCCAAAUCUGUCGACAGGGUGGUUUGGUUAAGCUGCCCACCAAGGGAGUUUUGGACAGUCACGAUGACAACUUUGCUAUCGUGUUCGCUGCUAUGGGAGUCAACAUGGAGACUGCUAGAUUCUUCAAACAAGAUUUCGAAGAGAAUGGCUCCAUGGAAAAUGUGAGCUUGUUCUUGAACUUGGCUAACGACCCAACGAUUGAACGUAUCAUCACGCCACGUAUUGCCCUGACAACAGCUGAAUUCUUAGCCUACCAGUGUGAGAAGCAUGUGUUGGUCAUCCUUACAGACAUGAGUUCAUAUGCUGAGGCUUUGCGAGAGGUCUCCGCUGCAAGAGAAGAGGUGCCUGGACGUCGAGGUUUCCCAGGUUACAUGUACACUGAUUUAGCAACGAUUUAUGAGCGUGCUGGUCGAGUCCAGGGUCGCAAUGGUUCCAUCACACAGAUUCCCAUCUUGACUAUGCCUAAUGACGAUAUUACCCAUCCCAUUCCUGAUUUAACGGGUUAUAUCACAGAAGGACAAAUUUACGUAGACAGACAACUACACAAUAGACAGAUUUACCCACCAAUCAACGUUCUACCAUCACUGUCUCGAUUGAUGAAGUCUGCCAUCGGCGAGGGAAUGACCCGUGAAGACCAUUCUGAUGUAUCCAAUCAGUUGUAUGCUUGCUAUGCCAUUGGUAAAGAUGUUCAGGCCAUGAAGGCUGUCGUAGGAGAAGAAGCUUUGACAUCCGAGGACUUGCUCUAUUUAGAAUUCUUAACCAAAUUCGAAAAGAAUUUCAUCGCACAAGGUCAUUAUGAAAAUCGCAGUAUCUUCGAAUCGCUGGACAUCGGCUGGCAACUACUACGAAUUUUCCCCAAGGAGAUGUUGAAACGUAUUCCUGAGAAAACACUGAAGAAAUUCUACCCUAGGGAUUCCCAACGAGACCAAUAGUUGGAGUGAGAGGUUGACAAUUAUCUCAGUGGUUCUAUUUAUUUAAAUUCUCCUCAUUUAGAUGCAAAUUGUCACUGAUAGUGAGGGCGCGGUGUUGGGUUGAAUGUCAAGGUUCAUCUUCAGAUUUCAUUCCACUUCUGACAUUUGAAAGAGUGAAGUCAACGUGUUGAAAAUCAUGUGAAUGUUUAUGCCAAAAUAUUUCCUUUAGUGUCUAUGAUGAAGAGUAGUCUACUGUUGUAUAGAAAAGUGAAAUGCUGUACUAAUAGGUAUCUAAUUGAAUUUUAAGAAAUAGAUUGUCGGAUGCAUGUGCCUUUCCUAACUUGCCAUGCUGACUCAUCAAAUAGUUGAGACAAUAAACUAUUAAUUUUGCCUCCAUGUAUCAUGAAUAUCUUCAUUCUUUAAUCGGUUAGUGGAGAGUUUAUUGUUCCCUCCUUAUAAUCAUUUCAUUAUGCAAUUCUUCUGUUGAAUGUAAUUGGUAAUGUAAGAUAUAAAUGUGGCAUACAUGAAUAAUUAACAUGACUGUUUAGAUGAGUCCUUGGUUGAUCUAGUCAAACAGCGUUUUCUUUCCGUUAAUUGGAUAUCAUUCUUGUAUGAAUAGGUUUGGCGAUAAAGUAGCAUUGUGGCCAGUUGAGGGAUCUUUUAGUUGCCCUGGUAUAGACACAGAUACAAAGGACCAUGACUUCCUGUCUCAUCUGAUGGUUAUAAAGGCCCAGGGUUUCUAGCCCGGGAUCAAACUCUUGUCCAUUUCAAAGUCUUUUCUAAAAAAUGUCAUCCUCAAUCCUCUUGCUAUUGUCUACACCAUAAAGUCUGCCACUAUUUAUUUCAUUGUCACCAUUGUACAAUGUACUGUAGUAUACAAGGAGCUUGGUUAAUCUGGUGAAUUACUGUCUUACUAGAAGGCACUCUCUUUACCUCAUCUUUUGUUUACAUUCAUAAUCAUAUAAUAUUGUCAGCUUAGAUUUCAUCUUUGGAUUCCUUAGAGUUGUGAUAAAAGCAGUGUUAAUGUUGCAAGAGAAAUUAGUGAUGAUGUGCUAGCUAUUACCACCGCCAGGUAUCAGAAAUGUGAACAACAUUCCAAGCCAAGAUUUAUUUCAUUUUGAACAGUUAUAGAAGGAAUGACUUAGUUGAACGAAUGUGUCAAAAUCGGAACUAUGAUAGGAUUGUGCUAAAGUGAUCACCCAGUCUUUUCUAAGUCAAGUUGGAAUAAGUCUUGCUGUUUAAGAGAACAAAGAUUCUUGUAUUGUUGAUAUGGUGGUUUGCUGUCAUGUAAAAUGAAGUAUAUUAUCAUUUGUCUGUAUAUGUAAUGUAUGUAUCUUGAACGUAGCAUGUAUUGUCACUGUGCAUUUAUUCUCCUAGUGUCUACCACAAAAGGUCAACAGUUGGUCUCAUGGUUUGGAAAUGUAAAUUUAUGUCUGGUGAAUUAUGUUGAUAUUGUAGGCUUCCAAAGUAGUCGGAUGUCAGAAAUUGAUUCAAUACAUGUAUCUUAUACUUAAGCUACAUUUAUUCAUCAUGUCAGAUCUACAAUUCAAACACCUUAAUCACCUUCAAACAUUAUGAAGUCAUGAAAGUAUCAUUGACUUGUUCACCCAAAAGCCUUAGUAGGAAAAUCAGCCUAUCAGCACAAUGGUAUUGAAAUAAUAUUGUAUUCCAUUCAGUAGCUAUUGAUCAAUAAUCCUUAUAAGGACGAGUGUAGUAGUCAUUAGAUAUUGCUUGAAGUGAACAAGGUUCUUUUCAUUAUGGUCUGCUAUUCCUCUUUCUGUACCAAGCUAAUUAUUGUGGUUAUCUUUAUUGUAUAUAAUUUAAUGUACAGGAAUAAAUGCACAGUCAGAAUGGA